GGUACCUCCACUAAGCCAUAUACGAAGGAGGAGGAGGAGAAGAUGGCCGCCAUUGUGAGAGAGAGAAAGGAGAAGAAAGAGGCCAAGAAGAAGUCCCUACAGGAGGAGCAGGCGGCCAAGUUGAAAAAGAUAGAGGAAGAGAUGGCCAGAGAGAAGGAGAGAAUAAAGAAAGAAGAAGAGGAGAAGUUGAAAGAGGUGGAAGAGGAAGAAGAAGAGGGACCGCCACUGGAAAGAAGGAGAGGGCAGCACAGUGGCAGCAAGGAUGAAGAAAUGGAGAAGCGGAUUUCGGAGUGGGUCGCCAAUUUAUCCCUGGGCGAGGAAGAAGAGGUAACUAUGUAUAUCCCCAAGGAUGAGCAAGAAGCCGCUAUGAAGAAAUGGGAAGCCGAAGAAGAUGUUCUGAAGCGGCAGGCGAUGGAAGAUGAAACGAGGAUGGUGUGGAAACUCGCAAUGAUGAGGGAGAAGAAAAGAAGAGUGGAGGCGGCGAGUGCAGCAAUGCAGAAAUUGGCGGAGGUACGGACUUUAACUACUCAGUUGACCACCCAGGUAGACCUUCAACGAAAGGUGGAGAUCAUCGCCCAGAGCGUCGAGCGCUUAGCUAGAGUGCAAGAACAACAAUAUGAGUUUAGUCGAAGCCAGGAUAUAGCCGUGCGUUCGAUGCGGAUGGGAUUCCGGGACUUUGCUCGCGAAUUGGUAGGAGUUGUAGGAGCCGAGGUGAAUCAUUGCCUCGAAAAGACUGAGCGCUUUUGCGUCGGCGCCAUUGAGGGCGUCAAGGUGGCAGCUCCCAAGGAGGAAGAAGCACGUCCUCGUUGGGAGCCGGUCAAAGUUAAAUUCCCUGAUUCCUACAGUGGAAAACGGGAAGAAAACUUUGACAACUGGGAGGCCAACGUCAAGACCUAUGUGCAUCUGCAACAGGUCUCCCCAGAUCAGCAUGUCUUGAUUGCGAUCCACGCGCUUAGAGAUGAGGCCGCUAGUUUUGCAAGGUCCCUAGUUCGCGCCGCUAACUGCAAUGAUGAUGUAGUUGCUUGCUCGUCGUUCACCCCCCUCACUGAGUUUAUGAAAUUAUUGCGCGAGCGAUUUGCUGAUGUCGCCCGUAGUGUAGAGACCAAGGACAGCCUUGUCCUAACUUUAGAUGAGGGUAGUGUGGAUGAGAUCCCCUACGACCAGAUUGAGUGGGGGUUAGAGGAGGAGGACAGCGGUGUGGGCCAGGGGAGAACUUACGCUGCCGUCGCGGCUGGAGGAGGCCGCAAGGAGGAGGACGAGGCCAGGGCCAAGGGGGCCGGGCCUCAGGGAGCUGGUUUCAGGGCGACCAUGGGGUUGGCGACAGAGGAGGAAACUUCCAAGCGGGAGAAAGGGGUCAAGGUCCCCCGCAAAACCGUCCUAGAAACAGGUCCCCCUAUAGGGUUUGUCGUAGUUUAUCUGGAUGAUAUCUUAGUGUUUAGYAAGACCCUCGRAGAGCAUYAGGGUCAUCUYAGGCAGGUCUUGGAGAAGCUGAGGGAAGCUAACUUYAAGAUCAACGCAAAGAAGUGCGAGUGGGCGAAGACCCAAGUUUUGUAUUUAGGCCAUGUCUUAGACGGAGACGGCAUCAAGCCCGAAGACAGCAAGAUUGCAGCGAUUAGAGAUUGGCCGACACCGCGUACGUUGACAGAGUUGCGGUCGUUCUUAGGCCUGGCAAACUACUAUAGGAAGUUCGUGAGGAACUUCUCCACCAUCACUGCGCCCCUUCGCAGAUUACUCAGGAAGGAGACCAUCUGGAAGUGGGAUAAGGACUGCACGUCUGCUAUGAAGAAGUUGAAACAGGCGUUGAUAGAAUAUCCAGUCCUUAAAGUAGCCGACCCGUCCUUGCCCUUUGUCGUCACUACGGACGCUAGUCAGUACGACAUAGGUGCUGUGUGGCAGCAAGACGAUGGCCAUGGUUAUAGGCCGGUAGAGUUCAUGUCCGCCAGAAUGCCUUCAGAAAAGGUCGCGGCAUCUACCUAUGAGAGGGAACUCUUCGCUCUCAGGCAAGCCUUAGAACACUGGAAACACUACUUGCUUGGGAGACACUUCAAAGUCUAUUCCGAUCAUGAGACGUUGAGAUGGUUAAAGACGCAGGCCAAGAUGACACCUAAGCUUACUAGGUGGGCCGCAGAGAUAGAUCAGUAUGACUUUGAGCUCAAGCCAGUCAAGGGGAAGUAUAACGUUAAUCUGAUCUGGCCUAAUAACUUUCUCAGAACUUUACCUGAAUUGUCUGUGAUGAUCAGGGUGAUGCUCCAGAAAAUGAUGAAGGAAGGGAAGAUUGUGCCAGCUGAAGUUACAGUUGGUCUCCUCCAGGCUGCAAUGACGAAGAGCGGCAAGAACAAAUUUUUGAUUGAUGGUUUUCCAAGGGAUGAAGAUAAUCGAUUGACUUUCCAGAGAGUGACGGGCAUCAUUCCAGCGUUCGUUCUUUUUUUCGACUGUCCUGAAGAUGUCAUGGAGAAGAGACUGCUGAACCGUGGGGAGGGACGAAUAGACGAUAAUGUUGAGACCAUCCGAAAGCGGUUCAAGGUGAGUAGUUCUGGGAUACUGAUAUGUUAUUAUAUUAUACUGGGGGAAGAGGAGGAAGUGAAGGAAGAGGUGGAGGAAGAGGAGGAGGAGGAGGAGGAGGAGGAGGAAGGAGUAAGCAGGGGAGGAAGAGGAGUUGGAAGAGGAGGAGGUGGAGGAGGAAGAGGUGGAGGAAGAGAAGGAGGACGAGAAGGAGGAAGAGGUGGAGGAAGAGGAGGAAGAGGAAGGAAGGUGGAAGAGGAGGAAGUGGAGGAAGAGGUGGAGGAAGAGGUGGAGGAAGAGAUGGAGGAAGAGGAGGAGGAAGAGUUGGAGGAGGAAGAGGAGGAAGAAGGGGAGGAAGAGGAGGAAGUGGAGGAGGAGGAAGAGGUGGAGGAAGAGGUGGAGGAAGAGGAGGAAGAAGAGGAAGAGGAAGGAGUGUUCUCCUGUCAGAGUGUCCCUGUUGUGGAUUAUUACGAGAAGCUUGCAAAAGUGCGAAAGGUUAAGUCAACGUAUCCGCCGGACGAGGUCUUCGCAAACAUUAAGCCCUACUUCACCAAGUUUUUAGAGGCUGAUGUGCUUGAUGCGACACGGAAGUUGCUAAGGGCAGUAGAUACCGGAGACUCAUUGACGUACCGGAAGCUUGUUGAUGAGAAAUUAACAGCCUACGAGCCAGAGGCGCAAGGGCACUUGGUCGAGGGUAUCCCGUUCCAUUUACUCUGGCUUGAUACGGUCGAUCAGAAUACUCAAGACGACGAGAGGGUGAUUAGUAGAAUCUGCUCACCGUGGGUUAGAUUGCUCGGCGAGAAUGCGGCAAUUGUCGGAUACGUGCGGUUGUCCCAAGCAGCAAAGGGUCCGGUUGUGACCACCUCUAACGAGACUCGAGUGUGGGAGAGGAGAACGAGUGCGGAUGGAGAAUAUGAAUGGAAAUUGGUACAUUUUCAUCGUACCACGGCACGGUCGGCACCUAUGUAACAUUGAGGCACAUAUGUAAACAAAGUUAUUACAUUGCGGCUGAGUAAUGUGCCUCGAUCUUCAUCGAUUUUCCUGCUGUGCGCGAGUUCGUCUUCAUCGCUUGUCAAGGUGUGUGUUGAAAAACUCUCCUUCAGCGAGUGAGUGCAGAGUUGACCGGAGAGGAUAUUAUCGCGUCUCUCAAUCCAUAUGAUGCAGAUGGGAACCUGGAUGACACCAGUCUUGGGGGGGAAUAAUUGGUGUUCGCUGUUCGGUUCUCUUUUGUUCAUUUCUUUUUUUGUUCCUUACAUUCCUCAAUUCUCUUCCUCAGUUCUCCUCCACUGUCAUCCUCCUCGCUGUCAUCGGCCUCAUGCCAACCUUUUAGCUCGCAGGAGUUGCUGAAGAUGAAGAUGGAACUCGAGUCACGGCUUGUCUACGGCUACAUCCCGGAAAAUCGGCAUCAACCCAUUCAGACAGACAGAGAAAGACCGUCACCGUGCAGUCUUCAACCGGACGCAGCAGAUGAAAAAGGGCAGACGUCUCCGCAGCCAGGGCAGCCAUGAGAGGUGUAGUGUUAGGUUUCGUCAAAUCUUUUGCACAUGCGUAUGGCGUCGUUGGUGCGACGAACAAAAGGGCGUUCAGUGUUCACUGUUCGGUGUGCACGUAUAGAAAAGGACGCUUACUGCCAUUUGUCGACUUUUAAUUCCUUGAGUAACUGAGGGGAGGGGCAUCAGUGUAAAAUUUGCUGUUAACUUGCGAGUGCCAAUCCGAGGACACCAUCGGUUCAGGAUCGGGAGGCGUACAUCGGCAGCAGACUGAUCCGCGGGGGAGGAGCAGCAGGAAGGUUUUCUUUUCUUGGACUGACAAACUUUGGAAUAAAUAAAUAAAUGAAUUAAUUAUUAUUUUAUUUUAUUUUUAACUUGGGAAUAAAUCACCUCUUGUCGC